GCCGGGGGUAACGUCCCGCCCGUUCGCCCGCCCGGCGGCCGUGACGGGAGGACAGGGAGGCGGGCGGCCGCCAUUUUGAGGCGCGGGGCGGAGCAGGGAGCAGAGCCCCGCCGAGGUCUCGGUACAGCCGCUUGGAGAAGAUGACAGACCUGGUGGCUGUUUGGGAAGUAGCUUUAAGCGAUGGUAUCCAUAAGAUUGAAUUCGAACACGGGACCACUUCAGGAAAACGCGUCGUCUAUGUUGAUGGCAAGGAGGAAAUACGAAAAGAGUGGAUGUUUAAAUUAGUGGGUAAAGAAACGUUUACUGUCGGAGUAGCCAAAACCAAAGCUACUAUUAACAUUGAUGCAGUCAGUGGUUUUGCAUAUGAAUAUACUUUGGAGAUCAAUGGAAAAAGCCUCAAGAAAUAUAUGGAGAACAGGUCAAAAACAACAAAUACUUGGGUACUGAGCUUGGGUGGUACAGACUAUAGAAUUGUUCUAGAAAAGGACACUAUGGACGUGUGGUGCAACGGUAAAAAAAUGGAAACAGCGGGUGAAUUUGUAGAAGAUGGGACUGAAACUCACUUCAGUGUUGGUGACCACAGCUGUUACAUUAAGGCUGUCAGUAGUGGAAAACGAAAGGAAGGAAUUAUUCAUACUCUUAUUGUGGAUGACAGAGAAAUCCCAGAGGCUUUGGAGUAGCCUCUACUUAACCGAUGGCUGUAGGACUAAGAUCAGGAGUUUCCGAUUACUGUGGUAAUUAUUUGAAUAAGAGGCAUUUGGAUAAUGCCCUCACUAAUAUGCUUUACCUUUUGAUUAGCCCUGAAGUGGUCAGGCAGUUGGACUCGCUGAUCGUUGUAGGUCCCUUCCAACUGAACUGUUCUGUGUGUAGUACUUGGCACACCUAGUUUGUGCUGGGUUUAGUUUCUAGGUUCUGUACAUGAAAUCAGUCUUUUUGAGGACCAGAUGAACACAACUGUAUACAAGCUCUUACAUUACCAGUUUUUUAAAAAAAGCUAUCUAGAGAAAAUACGCGACACUAAGUGCAGAGAGGGCAGGUGAACUUAUGCAGAAAUUACAUACUAGGAAAAAAGCCUUGCUAUAAUAAAAAGCAAGCUUAAUAUUCAGUAAGAUGCAAUCCUUUAAACGCGUGUAUUUGGAGGGAGAAGGCACAUACUGAGCAUUAGAAUAAGCUGUUAAAGUUCUCUCAGUAAUUACUCUUUUUCCUAUUAAACUGACUUCCAGUGUUUUUCAGAUGCUGUUAGGAAAAUACUUACAUAAAUUAAUAAAAAAGGUUAUUAAAGG